AUGGCUGCUCCGCGUCGUCCCCCUCCAGCUUAUACAGCUCCCACUGAUUCUGGAGUUCAUGCUACCUCAAAGCUGUACCGAAGCAUCUCGGAAACAGCUUCUGAGUCCAAACGAACUCUGGAGUCGUCCUUCACUAUCCGUCCAUGCUCAGGCCAAGCUUGGGUAGUACCAGCUGGGCACAUCUGCCGUCUCACAACGCCCAAGGGACCUCAAGUGGGUGAUCUCAACAUCUGGAAUGCGAACAACCCACGCGAAAGACUCUGGGCAGCGCGCACUCGUCAGAUCCACGCUUCCCAUGUCUCGGUUGGUGACCGCCUGUGGUCAAACCUGCCAUACUUGCGCCCCCUAAUCACCAUUACAGGUGAUUCGCUAGCAGGCUUCGGCACAACGCAGUUCGGAGGGCGCGUGCACGACCUACUUGGUACCCGUUGUGAUCCUUAUGUGAAUCUGGUGAUGGGUGGAGAAAGCUUCGACUUCCAUUGCCAUUCAAACCUGACGCGCGCGGUUGUUCCGUAUGGCUUGACAGAGCUCGACGUGCAUGACGUGCUUAAUGUCUUUCAAGUGACCGGACUCGAUGAGGAUGGAAAGUACUUUAUGGAAACAUCGCCUGCAAAGCCAGGAGAGUACUUUGAAUUUUUCGCUGAGGUCGAUGUACUCUGUGCGCUGUCGGCAUGUCCUGGAGGCGAUCUGUCGAACUGGGGCUGGGAGGAGAAGGCGGAUAUGGGGGCAACUACACGUCCACUCGGCGUGGAAGUGUACAAGUUGGCAGAUUCCACGGUAUUGGAGGGAUGGAAGGAGCCUCAAAGCCCCCGGUAUGUUGGUAUGCACGGCAUGAAGAUGCCACAGAGGGAGAAUGACGAAUCUGGUUAUGUUGGGCUAUAA